UCCAUCUACAUUCAAGCUGAAAAUCCUUCGUUCUACUCUCUUCUUCUCCAUUCUCCAUUCUCGAUCAUCAUUCAAGCAUCAAUCGCUUCAGAAAUCUAUGUAGAUUCUUAAAAUCGCCUUUGAAUCUCCAUGGUUUAGCUUUAUUUUGGUUCGACUGUCCAUCCAAAGCUGCAUCAAAACCCUAAUAAAGUUUACAAAUUUGCAAUCGUUCAUCCAAGAGUGAAUAAUACUAUUUAAGAUUGGAUUUAACAUACAAAUUUAUCAUGAGAGCAGAUUUCGAACGCAAACAACGCUGCUGCUAGUUCUUUCACAUUGAUGAGCCUUUGCCAAAAGGUCACCUUCGAUGGAAUGAACUUUAGCGAAUGGAUAAGAUACAUUCGCACCAUUGCUCGCUAUGAGGAUAAGGAGUAUGUCCUCGAUGAGAAGCUCGAGAAAAUCAACCCUGAAAUCGCUACUCCCGCCGAAAUCACCGCUUUCGAAAGUCACGAGCGUGAUGCAACGAAAGUGCAUUGCAUCAUGAUCGCGACAAUGAACUCCGAAUUCCAAAAGUCCUACGAGGACAUGUACUCGUACGAGAUGCAUCAAGACUUAUUGGAGAGAUACCACCAGAACGCGAGACAAGAGCGUUAUGAGAUUUUCACCAACAUGAUUUCCGCUAAGAUGGGUCAUGGAGAAUCUCUUACCAUGCACUUGCAAAAGAUGCAAAGAUAUGUCGACCGCCUUCGCAAGUUAAAUGUUGACUUUGGAGAAGACUUGGCGAUCGACAUGGUGCUUCACUCUUUGCCUUCGAUGUACAAUCAAUUUAGGAUGACCUACCACAUGAACAAAGAGGAGGGACUAAGAAGAAGUAGGGAUGUGGAGCAAGGAAGGAUCAAUCUAAUCAUGGGGAACAGAAGAUCGUCGCCUGUGACCAAGAUUGGAGUGUAUUCUUUAGUGCUUAGGAAUAAUUUGUGUUUAGAUUUGAACAAUUGUUGCUAUUCGCCAGAAAUGGCUAGAAACAUCAUUUUAUUUCAUGGUUUGUAGAGACAAGGUUUUAGAUUUUCUUUUAAUAAUGAGAAUGGUUCUAUUUUGGCU